CUCCAUACCCUAGUUCUACCUUUUCCAGAUUUCGCAUCGCCAGAAUGUGUAUCGUGCAGCCCGAUUACCCCAGAUCUCACAGGCUUGGCACUCAGAACCGUUUCACGGGCAAUGUUACACGAGAUGGACAUCACUCUAUCUCCGUAUAGCGCAAACAUGUUUCUGCAAGAUCUCCAUGUUGCCGUCGUUGUUUGGGUCGCAAAAUCGUAGCAAAUGAUGAAUGCCACCAGCCCGGUGCUUCUUCUUCGUAUGCAAAUGAACGGAGUCGUCGUGGGCUUUUUCCGGCUCGGUAGCUGAUGUCGGUAGCUACCAGAGUUUCUAGUCGCUUGCCCAGCCCCCGAUCUCGCCGUAAUGCCCCCAUUCACAAACUUUUCCAAACAGAUGAAUUGAGACCGAUACGCUUAUCUGGAGGCAAAUUCCAGUAGUGCAUUUACAAUCAGUCCCUGCUGAGACUGUUGUGUAUACGCCAUAAAUCGAAAUAUCCGGAUACGAGGCUCAAAUAGUCUGAUCUCGGAAUGCCGUUCCUUACACAGCAACCAAGAAUUUUAAUCGCUGGCGCCGGCAUCGGGGGCCUCACAACAGCACUUGCGCUCCACGCCGCGGGAAUCACCAACAUCACCAUCUACGAAGCUGCGGGUCACCUCACUACACUCGGUGUCGGAAUAAAUGUGCAACCUUCCGCAGUUCUGAUUCUGCGGAACCUGGGUUUACUUGAAGCGCUCGAGAAGACAGCUGUUAAAACCCAAGAGCUGAACUUCUACAAUCGACAUGGCGAUGCCAUUCUAUCUGAAAAGAGGGGUGUCGAGGCUGGGUAUGCGGUGCCUCAAUUCAGCAUUCAUCGUGGAGAAUUUCAGAUGCUGCUGCUGAGUGCGGUGAAAGAGCGUUUGGGUGAGGGUUGCUUGAAGUUGGGACACAGUCUUUCCGGAAUUACGCAGGCGGACGAUGGCAGCAAAGUUACUGCACACUUCGUGCUAAGAGGUGACGGGAAUGCUGUUUCUGCAGGUUCUGCUGCCGAAGGGAGGUCACCAGAUGUUACUGGCGACAUACUUAUCGCCGCAGACGGCAUCAAUUCCACAGCAAGAAGACUAUUCUAUCCGAAAGAAGGCCCGCCGCGGUUCUCCGGUCGUAUGCUUUGGAGAGGGUGUAUAGAACGGGCUCCUUAUCUCACUGGAGCAUCUAUGGUGUGGGCAGGUCACGCCGACCAGAAAUUUAUCGCAUACCCUAUUUCUCAGCGUUGCGCAGCCGAAAGGGGCACCUCGUUGGUGAACUGGAUAGCAGAGCUCCGUAUCCGAGAUAAAGACGACGAAGACGUCUCGCCACCUAAAACAGAUUGGACUAAAGCAGUUUCUAAAUCUGUAUUUGCCGGACCUUUUGAAUCGUGGCGCUGUGGAGGACUUGAGAUGAAAGACCUGAUCGAAAGCACCGACAAGGUCUUUGAGUUCCCUAUGAGCGAUCGUGAUCCAGUUGAGCGGUGGUCAUUUGGAAGAGUGACGUUAUUGGGCGACGCAGCACAUGCCAUGUACCCCAUUGGAUCCAACGGCGCAUCCCAGGCUAUCAUAGACGCCGAGACGUUAUCGCGCCACCUUGCGGAGAACCCGGAGGACGUGCAAGGUGCACUCAAGCGAUACGAGUUGGAUCGCCUACCUCCAACCUCGAAGAUCGUGAUGGCGAACCGCGCGAAUGGACCCGAUCAUGUGCUGCAGUUAGCUGAAGAACGCGCUCCGGAAGGAUUCAAGAAUGUUUAUGAUGUGAUUCCGAAAGAAGAGUUAGAGGGAAUUGGAAAGGCUUACAAGGCUAUCGCCGGAUUUGAGAUGGAUGCGGUCAAUAAGAAGGCGAAAGCAACGGAAGAGGCUGCGGCGAAGUUAGGGUUGAAGAGUCCCACUGACUGGAUAUAA